CACCACCACCACCACCACCACCACAACAACAACAACAACAGCAGCAGCAGCCACAGCUACAGACAUUAUUACCGCCGCCAUUACCACCACCACCCCCUCUACAACCUCCGCCAUCUUUAUCCACCUCAGUAUCGUCUGCUGCGCAACAGCAACAACUACCGUCACAUUUGACGAAUCAAGCUAACUCUUCUGUUUCUCAACUACUCCCACCGCCACUCCCACCGACACUCCCGCCGCCGCCGCCACCACCGCCACCACCAUCAUCGUCGUCGUCUUCACAAGCCCAACCUUUGAUAGACUCAGUAAGCAGCAGCAGUAGCAGCAGCAGCAGCAGUUCGGCUUGCUUUCAAGAAACAACUGGUAGCCGUGUGGAUUCCAUCGCGAAUAGUACAAGCAACAGCGCAAGACACUCAGGAGGAGUCUCUACAAACAACAGCAGUAAAAACAACUGCACCGACAUCCUAAACGCUGCAAAAGGAUGCCACGGCAGCGUCAACAGCAGCAGUAGAAACAACAACAGCAGCAGCAGCAGCAAUAACAACAACAGCAACAAAAACAAUAACAACAAGAACAACAGUAAUAGCAGCAAUAACUGUGGCAACGGGAACUCAAGUCAACUACUUCAGAAUCAGCAGCAACAAAGAUCACCCCAACCACAUAUUCUCAAUAACAAUGUCAUGGCCAAUAACUAUAACACCAACAGCAACAGCAGCAGUAACAGUGCUAACAGUACAACUGCUAUUAGUAACAGCAACAACAACAGUAAUAACAACAUCCAGAACGCGAAUAACAGUCACAGCGAGAGCAAUAAGAAUAAUUCUAACAAUGCAAUUAGUAGUAGCAGCGGUAACAAUAGUAGUAACAAUAACAGUGGUGGUAACAAUGGUCGCAGCAACUGCCAGAACAAUAGCGAAAACAAAAGAAGUCAGUCGAUUGGUGUCUUGGCGCUUAAAAGAAAACUGCAAUCGACCAAUCAGGACUCGUCUAUGCAAGAAUGUAAUCCACGUAAACUAGGACGUCACAUGUCGCCAUGUUACAGCAAUAAGAACAGCCAUAGCGACGGACAUCUUUAUCUGUCCGCCAUUAAUGCACUCGGGGGUGCAGGAGGAGGUUAUACAGGUCAAUUAUUAGUCGGAAGUGGAGGCGGAGGAGGGGGUUAUACAUACAAUACCAAUUCGUCUAAUACAUCCUCUUUUUCAUCACCGUCAGCGUUGCUUUCAUCGUCUUCAUCAUCAAUGACAUCGUUAUCGUCUUCCAAUGGAGAUCUUUCAUCCGGCUUAGAUUUCUCCUCAAGUAGUUGUAUGUACGGUCCAAUUCAGUGUUUGACUCCCAUAUAUUACCAUAACUCUGCAUUGGCCGGAAGUCAGAGCAAACAGCUUAAGCAAUUAGACAUUAAGACUUUGACUAACUACAACUACUCGUUUUGGCAGUCUUCGGCAGAGGAAACUUUCACAGCACCACUAGAAAUAGCAGCUAUUCCAGAUGGUAUAUUGACUCCAGAUCCUUCUCCCGCAUCGUCGCCAGAUCUAACCUUGCAAAAGACCGAAACUAUUGUAACUAAAGUCAGAGAAGUAAACGUUAGUAUCAAUAAGGCAGCCAACAAUGCAGAUCCUACAGCAUCUACGGUGCUAACCACGGCAUCAAUAACGACGGUACCAAUUACAAAAAAGAUAGAUGAAGGGGCAACCACAGAAAACGAAACCUUGGAAACUGUCCUAUCACCUACAUCAUCUUCAUCAGCAUCAAGAUCGAGUUUAUUGUCUUUACCAAUAGCGCAGCUGAAGAAAAAACGGAAAAUGUCAACAGACAGUGACAGUUUGGCAAAUUCUAACUCCCACCAGUCACCUUUAACAGACGAUAUUCGUUCCCAGCAAUAUGUACAGCAGCAGCAGCCGCCGCUGAAAUCUCAGAAGUUGUGUAAUUUGCACAAUGAAAACAAUUGUGGUUUAUCAAAUCGUAAUACUUCCUGUAGUACAAAUAGUAAUAGCAAUGGUGUAUUGCGUAGCAUUCCUGAUGGUGUCUGCAACAGUAGUAGUAGUAAUAGUAGCAGCGGCUGUAAUACCAGCCACACUAACUCCAAAUGCGAAGUGAAUAACAAUAAAACAAAUACAAAUAAUGGUGGCAGUGAUUACGUUCAAGCAUUAUGUAAUGAAAUCAAUUUAUUCAGUAGCUUUGGCCAGCAACAGCAUUUUCAACCGCGUCGUGCAGUGGAACUUCCGGUUAUAGAUCCAAAACUGGUGGAAACGUUUUUCGACGAGAUUGCUACAAAGCGGAAGCAUUUGUCGAAAAUGAGACUUCCCUCACUAAGACGCCAUCUUCCGGAUUUAUCUGUGCAGGAGCUGGAGAAUAUCUUAACAACCAGUCUAUCUAAAAUGGCAAGCGUUUCGUCCACUUCAGACACCCAGCUUCCAGAAACAUCGUUGAAUAUCCAAACUUCGUCCAUUGCAGCUGUUGAUGAUGAUGCUGUUGCCGCCGCCAAUGCUGUUAAAGCAAAUUCACCGGUAAUCAAAAAUGAAAUUUCGAACGAAUUCAUGCUGUGUCAGCGAUUUAGCUGUAAAAACAACAAUAGCGGGUUUAGAACGAAACCAGCUUCCCUUUCUUCACCGUCGUCGUCAACGCUAUCGUUAUCAUCAUUAUCAUCCACAUCGUCGUCGUCCCCAGCAACAGCAAUGUCGUUGCCCUCUCUACUUGCAGCCGAAGACAUAGUAAAAAGUGAACAUGCAGUACCAUGUCAGCAUCAAAUAUCAUCGGAUUCGAAAAGUACACUUGGUGACCGCAAUAAUAACAACAAUAACAAUAACAAUAAUAACAAUAAUAAUAAUAAUUGUCACCGCAAUGCUUUCAAAACGUUUUGCCUCAGUAACAUUAGCUGCAAAGAAAAUGGCGACAACAGGGCUAGCAUUAGACACUUCGGUUUGCAUGAAAAUUGCUUUCUUCCAUCCUAUAUGAACAGUCCAGAAAGUAUGAAUGAUGAGGAGUCAAAAAGUGGUCAAAAUUCGGAGAACAGCUUGGAUAUAGCAGAAAGUAUGGAAUUCAGUGGAAACGAUUUGGCAGAAACUUCAGACUGGCGAGAAAAUAGUUCCGUAGAAAUUCCAUCUGAUAUUGAAGAUUGGUUAGAUCAGAUAAUAAAAUCGUGGCAACAAAACAAAGGUGCUACUGGCGACUCUUUCGACGACCUUCGCUAAGUAUAACCGUGUAAGUUUUUGACUUACGUUCACAACCAAAAUUUGUAUGGCAUAUUGUCACACAACGCAAACGCACUAAAUAUAUAAAAUAGAAAUGAAGAUAUAUAUGGUUUAGAAGUAAGAAAUAAACAAAAGAUCUUGAGCGAGAGAUUUUAGAAUGUUGCAGAGGAAAUAGAUGCAAAGAUUUAAUUCGACAGCAGGUCUCUGGAUUUAGAAUUAAAUUUUGUAUUUCCAUUUGCUAAUCUCUCUCUGAAAAUUUUCAAAACCAUUCGAUUCGGAAAUGCGCGUUGAAUCGUGUAUCCAACAGGAUCAAAAUAAUUCGUGGAACGAGAACCGAUAUUUUUUAAACAUUACAUUUGUUUGAGAAAGACUAGAAAAA